GUGUUCCCGGCUUAUUUUUAUUUAGCCAACAUGGACAAUAAAAAAAUCAGCGAUAUUAACCUGUAUGAUUUGCUCGGUGUGUCUAUAGAAGCCGAGCAAACGGAAAUACGUAAAGCGUAUCGAAAGCGAGCACUUGAAUGCCAUCCAGAUAAGAAUCCAGACAAUCCGAAGGCGGCCGAACGAUUUCAUGAACUCUCAAAAGCUUUGGAAAUUCUCACCGAUGCAACGGCGCGUACUGCAUACGACAAGGUUGUGAAGGCUAAAAAAGCUGCAGAGUUGCGCACCAAACAAUUGGAUAGCAAACGGCAAAAACUAAAAGAUGAGCUGGAACAGCGUGAGCGUGCCGCAUUGCACAAGUUACAAGCUUCAACACCAUACAGUACAGUACGCAAGAGUGACGAGGAGUUGCUACAGGACCAAAUCGAACGCCUUCGACGAGAGGGCUCCAAGCUGCUUGAGGAAGAGCAAAGGACGAUGCGUGAGCAGCUGCAACGCAGUUUCGCGGAUCGACAGCCGAAAACAGCCACGUUCGACUCUGCCCAACAUCGCAUAAAGAUCCGAUGGAAAGCGGACAAAAAAGAUGAGAGCAAUGGCGGCUAUACACGAGAUAUACUAACGCAGUACCUGAAAAAAUACGGGGAAAUAGUGGCGCUCGUCAUAAAUGGCAAGAAACCGGGCCGUGCGAUGGUAGAACUUAAGACUCGUGAAGCCUGCGACAUGGUACUUGCCUAUGAGCAUGGCAGUCCCACAAAUCCCUUGGAGUUCGAAUGGGUUACGGCGCCAAAGCAAGAGCAGCAAGCGACAAUCGGUACAACGAAUGUAUCAACCCGAGACUAUGAGGAUUUGGUUAUGCGUAAGCUUCGGCAGGCAGAGGAACGCAAACGCCUAAUAGAACAAAUGAUGAAGGACGAAAAUGACGACGAAUAGGCAGGAUAACUAUAAUAUAAGCUAAUGUUUUAUAGCCUAUUUAAAUAGAUGUGUAAAUUUAAAAAUAAAAUUAAUGUAAUUACAAUCGCAGCUCAU